AGCGUUUAAGGUGUUUAAAGCGCUAGAAACCAUUUAAAGCGACGCAAAAUGAAUUGUGUAUUAUUAAAUGUAACAUAGCAUUGCUUUAUCUAACAUGUAUUAUCGUCGAGUGAGCAAAGUAACAAUGAAAACUCGCGAGUAACAGAAAAGAUGCGUCUCAUUACGCGCCCUUUAUCGUGAUUCAGUUUAUCAUAAACACGAAUUCCGCCACUGUCGACUGUGGCGAGUAGUAAUAAAACUUUACAAAACUCUUAAUCAAAUACUUUCCAAAAAGAUUCAGUGAUUCGAAGUGCUGUAUUUUUCCUGCUUAUCUUCAUUCCUACAAAUCAUACCCAAGCUGCUUAAUCUAUUAAGUGACAAACACAGAGAAAACUCCUGGGGAAGCGACUGAGAGCCAAGCGACAGUAUUAUAAAGAUGGCGUUUAUUAAAGUGGUGAGUGAAGAUAUGAAGAUUGAAAAAACGUACAAUGUGAAACAUGAAGAUACUGAGGAACAAACAAAGAUGGAGUUUAUUAAAGAGGAGAGUGAAGACUUUAGGAUUGAAGAAACAUUCACAGUGAAAAAUGAAGAUUCUGAAGAACAAACAGACCUGAUGGUGUUGAAAGAGGAGCAUCAAGAUCUGAAUGAAGUGAAAGAGAAAGAUCAGAGCAAGACGCAUCGUAAUUUCACGACUGAAGAAAAAUCUACACAGACUGAAAAUACUACCUCACGAAAAAAGCAUCAAAAGUCAGGGACUGUAGGUAAUGUCAUCUGCCAUCUGUGUGAUCUACGUUUCAGAAAACAAGAAAACCUUGACGUCCACAUGAGAGUUCACACUAAAAAGUUUUACCCCUGCCAAGAGUGUGCAAAGAUUUUCAAAGAUUCAAUAAGGUUUAAAAUCCACAUGAGAAUUCACACUGGAGAGAAGCCUUUCAACUGCUCUCAGUGUGGAAUGAAUUUCAGUCAAAAAGGAACCCUACAAAAUCAUAUGAGAGUUCACUCUGUAGAGAAGCCUUACAUGUGCCAACAGUGUGGAUUGGGUUUCAGGCAUAAAGUAAACUUUAAAAGCCACAUGAGAACUCACACUGGAAAGCCGCCUUACAUCUGCCAGCAGUGUGGAACAUCUUUCACUCAGAAAGGAAACCUUACAAGACACAUGAACAUUCACACAGGAAAGAAACCUUGCAUAUGCCCUCACUGUGGAAACAGUUUCAGUCAAGAUGGAAACCUUAAAGUCCACAUGAGAAUUCAUUCUGGGGAAAAAUAGAAUAGUAAACAUUUGUACAUUUCUAAAGUUGUUUAAAUGUAAAACUGAUUUAGAAACUGUACACACGCCCUUGAUGCACAUUAUGUAAAUCCAACACUUUACAUACUGAUAUGCUCAUACGAUCACAUGAGAUCUGUAAAUGAUAUGUAACAUGUUUAUGCAUGAUGAAGAGAUUAGACUUUAGUUUUGUGGAUGCAGAAAGCUUUCUAUUAUGAUUUAUUCAUGUAUUUACACAUCAAGUAUAACAGGUGUGUACUGCAUUGUAAGUGCUGAAUGGUGAGGAUAUGGACAGCUGUCUUCUUGGAGACACAUAUAGUCUUAAACUGCUGUGCACCUGAUGUGAGCUUCAGUGCAGGGUAAAACCAGUUCACUAGAUCCCACACAGCACACAUGAGUGAAGGGAUUUAAUGUUCACCCACUGGAAUCACCUUACUCUAAGAUGUUUAUUCACUUCAAAACUAAUAAAUUACUCUUCUUUAAAAAA